UUUCCUAUAUAAAUCGACUCCGCCUUUCAUGCAAUUCUCGCUCAGUUCCACCUCGUUACUCGUUUUCUUUGCAAGAUAAAACCAAACCCUAGCAACCAUUUCUCCUCUCUCUUUCCGUGCUUUGUAUUCAUUCUAUUUUUCCGUCCCAUUUUCCCUCACUGUCCGGGAAAAUCCCCGGAACUCUUUCUCUUCUGCCGUCUUUCUUCGACUUUUGUUGGGUUUAUUAUUGUGUUCAGAUCUGUAUGCUUUCUGCAUCUCUGCGUGCCUAAAGUUUUUCUCAAUUAGGUUUCUUUUUUCUUCUGAAGUUUCAUGUGGGUAUCUUCGUGUAUGAGAGUGUAAAGGGGGCGGGGCUGUCUUUUCCAUUGUAAUAGAUCUUCUGCUGUCUUCAUUUGAGGGGGUAGCCGGGGCCUCGGCCUCGGCGGGUUCUAAAGCCCCCACCUUUUACAAACUGAAAAAAAAAAAUCAAACCCUAAAGCACUGACCCAGUUCAUUUUUUUCUAACUCUUUUUAUUCAUAAACCUCGCGGAAGAGGAUCAUGCCUGCCCUCGCUUGCUGCGUAGACGCUGCCGUAGCGCCUCCUGGCUACGCUGCUUUUGCCAGGGACGGCACGUUCCUUCCCGUUCCGUUCACCGCUCCCACACCCACCAUAGAGAAUGAUUCACAUUGGUCGCCGUCUCACUCGGCGGCACUCUACAAAAUCGAUGGAUGGGGCGCGCCGUAUUUCUCCGUCAACUCGUCUGGCAAUGUGACUAUCCGUCCUUACGGUAUUGGUACGCUGCCCCACCAGGAGAUGGAUUUGCUUAAGGUUGUGAAGAAAGUUUCGGAUCCGAAAUCAACCGGCGGACUCGGGUUGCAGCUCCCGCUCCUAAUCCGUUUACCCGACGUGCUGAAGAACCGUCUUGAAUCUCUUCAGUCAGCGUUUGAAUUGGCUGUACAGACUCAAGGCUACGAAGCUCGUUACCAAGGCGUCUACCCCGUGAAAUGUAACCAGGACCGCUUCGUUGUGGAAGAUAUUGUGAGAUUUGGUUCGCCAUUCCGGUUCGGGUUGGAAGCCGGGUCAAAACCGGAGUUAUUGUUAGCCAUGAGCUGCUUGUGCAAGGGAAAUCCUGAAUCUUUUCUGAUUUGCAAUGGAUUCAAAGAUGCGGAGUACAUAAGUCUGGCUUUUCUCGCUAGAAAGCUAGCUCUGAACACAGUGAUUGUAUUGGAGCAAGAAGAAGAGCUUGAUUUGCUUAUUGACAUAAGCAAGAAACUGAACGUCAGACCAGUCGUCGGAGUCCGAGCAAAAUUGAGGACUAAACAUUCGGGUCAUUUUGGAUCGACUUCCGGUGAGAAGGGAAAAUUCGGGUUAACAACAACCCAGAUUUUGCGUGUGGUGAGGAAGCUUGAACAGUCUGACAUGCUGAAUUGUUUCCAAUUACUGCAUUUUCAUAUCGGUUCUCAGAUACCCACAACGGCGUUAUUAACUGACGGCGUCAGUGAAGCUGCACAAAUCUACUGUGAACUUGUCCGUCUCGGUGCAAACAUGCAAGUUAUUGAUAUCGGAGGUGGGUUAGGCAUCGAUUAUGAUGGGUCAAAAUCUGGUGACUCAGACGUGUCCGUUGCUUACAGUCUUGAAGAGUAUGCAGCAGCUGUGGUUCAAGCAAUUCGCAAUGUCUGUGACCGUAAGAAUAUCAAGCACCCAGUACUUUGUAGCGAGAGUGGUCGUGCCAUUGUUUCUCAUAAUUCGGUUUUGAUCUUCGAAGCUGUUUCUGCUUCUGCCCCAUCUGUCCCGGAGAUGACAUCUGUUGGCAUUCAGUAUUUCAUUGAAGGUUUGGCCGAAGAAUUCCGUUCGGACUACCUGAAUUUGAAUAGUGCAGCCUUGAGCGGUGAGUUUCAGACCUGUUUGUUUUAUGCUGAUCAAUUGAAACAAAGGUGCAUUGAACAGUUUAAAGACGGUUCACUCAAUAUGGAACAACUAGCUGCUGUUGAUGGGUUGUGUGAAUUAGUUGCUAAAGAGAUUGGUGCUGUAACUGACCUAGUCCGUACAUACCAUGUGAAUCUAUCUGUUUUUACUUCAAUUCCUGAUUUCUGGGGAAUUGGGCAGUUGUUUCCUAUAGUUCCGAUUCACCGAUUGGAUGAACGGCCGGGAGUGAGAGGGAUUUUGUCUGAUUUAACCUGUGAUAGUGAUGGUAAGAUUGAUAAGUUCAUUGGUGGUGAUUCAAGCCUGCCUUUACAUGAGAUGGAGGGUGUUGGAGGUGGUGGAGGGAAGUACUAUUUGGGGAUGUUUUUAGGAGGGGCUUAUGAGGAGGCUCUCGGAGGAGUCCAUAACUUGUUUGGUGGUCCAAGUGUUGUACGUGUCUCACGUAGUGAUGGUCCUUACAGCUUUGCUGUGACUCGUGCUAUGCCAGGCCCGUCUUGUGGAGAUGUUCUCCGAGUGAUGCAGCAUGAGCCUGAGCUCAUGUUCCAGACCCUCAAGCACCGCGCAGAGGAGUAUUGUGGUUAUGAUGACAAUAAUAAUAACAACUCAAAUUCUGCAUUAGCCAGCAGUCUUGCUCGCUCCUUUCACAACAUGCCUUACCUUGUGGUGCCAGCUUCUUCUUGCUCUUUGACUGCUAUUAAUAAUGGAGCAGGGUUUUACUACUGCAACGAGGAUGAUUACAACGCUGUUGCUGUUGAUUCUGGCCCUGGUGAAGACGAGCAGUGGUCUUAUUGCUAUGCUUGAUUUCUUCUCCCUUCUGGUUUCCUGUUUCUGUUUCUUAAUAUAGUUUACAUUGUUCAUUUUUAUCAUGUAGUUUUCAUUUCCAAAAGAUGGAAGAAGAGGGGAUGGGGAACUGAAUCCACCCCUUUGUAAAUUCAGGAUCUUGUUCCCUUUCUUCUUUUUCGUCCUAGUAGUUGUAGUAAACUUCUAUCACAGUGUCAGCUAUAACUUAUGGUUAGUUGAUGGUGUUGCUUUUCGAAAAUAUGACUGCCUUUUCUCUUUA